GCGAGCAAGAGCUGCGGCUUGGAACAUUUUAAGGUGAGCACGUUUACUUUGGAGCGGAGUUAAAAACCGGACCGAGACAGCUGUGCCUCAGACAGCGGGUCAGGUGGCCUCGUCCCGGGUCCAAACACGUCACACAGGUGCGGAUCGGUCAGGUAGUCUGCGUUCAAAAACAGAUCCGAGAGUUGGUGGGACUUGGCUGUGUUUCAGACUCCCGGUAAGCAGCACCGGCGGUGCCCCGUUCCGGUUUCAGGCUUGACAUGUUAAAGUGAAGCGGAGUAAGAACGCGUCAGGAGUUUCUGAAGGUUUCUGCUCUCCUCACGCUUGCAUGGUGAUUCCUGACUGAGGGUCUGCGGUAGGUGAGCCACUGGAAACCUGCGGGGUAAAGAAAGCGCGGUUCUGUGUUCCCGCAGCUACCCGGGACCGUUUCUGGCUUGUUUUCAGCCCAGAAUGUGCUCUCUCCUCUCGGCUGAGGAUUUGAAAUGAACCCGGAGACGAGAAGUCAGUGACUGCUGAAGUAGAGCGAUGCAGAGCAGCGGAUGCCUUUUUCGCCCUUCUCGCCAUCCAUGAUUUACGCAAGGAGUUUCAUUCCUGAAAUCUUAAUUGGAGACAAACACGGACAAUAUCUACUGGUGUUUCUCUUUUGCAUGUCAUUUGAGCCAGUCUAGCUCUGUUUGGGGGUAAAGGCACGCAGGAUUUGUGGAUUUUCAGCCAGGGCGCGCGUCAUCUCUCCACUGAUGCCCAUUGAUUUAUGAUUUCAGGGGGCUUUAUCGGGCUUCGCGCACGGACUUGGAUGCGAUUCAGGGAACACUGGGUUUCUCUGCUUACCCAGUUGGGCAAUUUGGAGUCUAACUUUUUUUUUCUCCCAUGGAAAAAACGCUCCAUUUAGUCUGGAGAAGACGCGGAUUGCUCGUGCCUUUGGAUUGCUGCUCUUAAAAACAGUAUAAGGACAGUAGCUGGACUAUACAUUUGUUGACUGAGGCGUCGCACAUUGUGUCCCACACAUUCGUGCGCAUACAUAUACAUUUUCCGUGCAUCAUCCAACUUAAGACCCCUGGACAGAACUGUAACAGCAUCCUGUGGAGGCUACCAGCUGCAGAGAGGUUUAUUUAUCCACCAUCAGCUACUGGAACAACUGGGAUUUAAACAUCCGCCUGCUGGGAUUUCUACCAUGUCAGGUGUACGGGAUUGCAGAUGGACUCUCCUCAUCUGUGUGGCGGCGCUUUCAUAUGUGUCAUCAGUCUCUAGCGCGCAGUGGCAAGGCAGUAGGCAUCACGAAUGGACCAAUGAGCUGCAUGCAGCUCUUGCAGGUAAAAUCUCUCCAACCAGCUCAGAUGCCCUCCUCAGUUCCUCGGCAAUGACAGCCAGCCCGUCGCCACCCAAUGUGUACCUUCCUGCCAACUUCAAAAUGUCCAAUGCACAACUGGCCUUCUUCUUGCGGGAGGCUCAGAUCACAGGACAAACAGUUGGCGGCAGCAGGAGCAGCAGCAGCAGUCCCAGCACGGGACACCCUCUGCAGCGCUCUGAGAGUUUUGUGGUUUUCCAGACAAAAGACCUCCCUGCCAUCAACGUCAGCUUUGGGCCUUUCGCGCAGGACCAGGCCCUGUCGAAGGAGUUGCUGCAGCCAGCCAGUCCUCUGGAUAUUCCCGGGCAGCUAACUGUCAACUGGAAGGUGCGGGCUUUCAUUGUCCAGGCACGGGUCUUCUCCAACAACCCCACAGUCCAGGUGUUUUUCUACAUCGCCGGCCGGGACUGGGAUGACUUCAAGGCUCAGGACAAGCUACCCUGCGUCCGUCUGCAUGCCUUCAGGGAUGUCCGAGAAAUAAAAACCUCCUGCCGCAUGAAAGGCAACCUUGCUCAAUGCUUGGCCCAGUUAGAGCUGCCUCCGUCCUGGUUUAACACCAAUGUGGCCCCGCUGGGUCGGAGAAAAGGCCCCAAUGAUGGGCUCCUGGAUGGGCUAACCAGUGAGACCCUCCAAGCUGAGCUUUACUACACACUGCAUGGUCCUAAUCCGGAUGGGGAAUGCAGUGAAGGCUCUGGUCAUCGGGGUGCUUCCAGGGGAGAACCUUUGUCACAGCACCCUCUACUGCGCAUUGGGAGCAUCAGCCUGUACCAGGCCAGCCAGGAGCAGCUGCUGGUGGACAAGCAGUUGGACAAGAACAUGUUCCUCAGGCUGCCUGAGAAGCCCCUGAAGCCUGGAGAGACCCUCAAAAUCUUCCUCUACUUGAUGCCCAACUCAACUGUGGAACAGUUCACCCUCAAGGUCAAAGCAAAGAAAGGGGUGAACCUUAUCCAGACCAAGUCCAAGAACACCCAGUGGAAGGUGGAGUGGGAGGUGGUGUCAGGCGCCAAGCAUUCCAUCACCACCAUCGAUGUGAACAAGAACAAAGCAGUCAAACAGGGGGAGGUGUUGGGGAAUGUGGAGGUGAUGCAGUUGGACUUUGAGAUGGAGAACUUCACCAGCCUCUCUGUGACCAGGAGGAUCAACUGGAACAUCGACUACAAGGGGCAAAACCCGCCUCCCGACUCAGAGAAGGUUGUUACAGAGCUGACGGUUGUGCAGCGAGACAUUCAGGCCAUCAUUCCUCUGGCUAUGGACACUGAAAUUAUCAACACGGCCAUUCUGACCGGACGCACCGUGGCCAUUCCUGUCAAAAUGGUCUCCAUAGAGAUGAAUGGAGCUGUCACUGAUGUCUCAGCCUUCGUGCAGUGCAAGUCGUCCAAUGAAGACAUUGUUAAGGUGUCCAUGAAUUGCGACUACGUGUUCGUCAACGGGAAGGAGACACGAGGGUCCAUGAACGCGAGGGUCAUCUUCAGCUACGAGCACCUGAGUGCGCCGCUGGAGCUCACCGUCUGGGUGCCCAAACUUCCCCUGCAGGUGGAACUCUCUGACAACAACCUGAGCUUCAUCAAAGGCUGGAGGGUUCCCAUUCUGCCAGACCGGAGGAGCACCAGAGACAGUGACGCAGAUGAAGAAGACGACGAGCGCCGGGUUAGUCGAGGCUGCACCCUGCAGUACCAGCGAGCCUUGGUCAAGGUACUGACCCAGUUCCACACCACCUCCACAGAGGGAACAGACCAGGUCAUCACCAUGCUUGGGCCAGACUGGCAGGUGGAUGUAACAGACCUGGUCCAGGACUCCCUGAAGGUUGCCGAUCCCAGGAUAGCCGAGUUGGUGGACCGUACGGUCUUGGUGGGUCUGGAGCUGGGAUCCACUGUGCUGAAGGUGGAGUCUCCGCUGGCAGUGGACGCGGUGUUAGGAGAAUCGGCAUUCUCUGUGACGGAUGAAAAGGUCUCCAUCACUGAGAUGCGGGUUCAUGCUGUUUCAGGUCUGACCCUGUCACUGCAGCCCAGCCCUGGCAACAGUCACACCAUGGUGGCCAAGGCAACAGGCAUCCAAACACUCACCACUCUCAAGCAGGAGGCCAGUUUGUCCAUCUGGAUGCUUUUCAGUGACAACACAGCCGCUACUCUGUCUUACUUUGAUCCCAAAGACUACAACCUCAAUGCCUCCACACUGGAUGACAAAGUUGUGUCGGUAUCCCAGGAGCCUCAGCAACGGUGGCCUGUGGUGGUGGCAGAAGGCGAGGGAUCUGGCGAGAUGGUGCGUUUAGAGAUGACCAUCUGUGAGGCCUGUCAGAAGACCAAACGAAAAAGCGUCAUCGCAUCUGCUGCAGUUUAUGUCAAGGUCCGCUUUGGCCCUGAGGAAGACUCUGAGGAAGAGGCAACCACAGAGGGCGAGAUUGAGCUGGCUCCUGUCACCAGGCGUCCGAUCAUUGAUCCCAACAUUAGUGGAAGAAUUUAUGAGACAUCUAAUGAGCAACCUGCUAGUGUUCCCAUUGAUUACACCAAUUUCCCCACCAUUAGCAACCAAGAGAGGCCGACUGAGAGUGACGAGGAGGAGGAAGACGAGUUUGUGCAUUCGCCUCGCAACAUGACCGACCUUGAGAUUGGCAUGUACGCUCUACUGGGAGUUUUCUGUCUGGCCAUUUUAGUCUUUCUCAUUAACUGCAUUGUUUUCGUGCUCAAAUACAGACACAAAAGGAUCCCACCCGAGGGUCAGGCCAACAUGGACCAUUCCCACCACUGGGUGUUUCUGGGAAACGGCCAACCACUGAGGGCCCAGUGUGAUCUGUCACCACAGCAGGUAGAGAGUCCCAGUAAUCCUUUGGAGGGCGUACAGACGUGCUGCCAUGGGGACCAUCACAGCAGUGGGAGUUCCCAGACCAGCGUUCAGAGCCAGGUCCACGGACGGGGUGACGGCAGCUCCGGGGGCUCUACAAAGGAGAACGGCGAGGAGGCCAGUUCCCCCACCUCCAAGCGCAAGAGAGUCAAGUUCACCACUUUUACCACCCUCCCCACAGAAGAGCUGCCCUAUAACUCCAUCCCCAUUGCAGAUGAAGAGGACAUUCAGUGGGUCUGCCAGGAUAUGGGCUUUCAAGACCCAGAGGAACUGCAUGAUUACAUGCGCAGAAUAAAAGAAAUAGCCUGAGAUAAGAGGUGCAGCGUGGACCGACGCUCUCAGCUUUCUAAAGAAAUGUUCCUUUCUAUUUUUCUCUUUUUCACCUAAGUGAAAGAUAACUUUUCACAGACUAAAAGGCCAACUGUUGUUUCUGUUAGAGUGUGUUCCAUUUAGUUUGCACAGUGCUGUAAUCUCAUACACGCUCACACAGAAGAGGAUGCAAGGAAGCCAAAGACUUGACCAGAGGAUCUCAGUCACUGGAGGAAUCUAAAUCUUGGCUAUCAGAAACAUGUUUCACCGGGAAGCUGAGCCAUGGCCAAAAGUGAGAGCUGCUCCAGCUUAUUAGUCAGGAUCUGAUUCUAAAGAAAGCCUGAUAGGGACAGGAACGUAGACGAGGCUUGCUGUUGGCUGUGUUGUUGCUGGCUCAGUCGGACUCUGCUGUACUGUACUUACUUCAAACAAAGAGGCCUUUGAUGAACAAACAAACUGUCAAAGACUCUAAUGAAAGCUAUGUCUAAAAACUCAUUUUGUUUUUUGCCAAAGUAGGAAAAGUGUUCUUUUAAUGGCGAAACUUUCUUCAUUGUUGUUUUUUGGUGCAGCACACUCAUGAUUUGUACUCAUGUUAAACCCCCGCAUUUUUCUACAUUUCAUAGGUAGUCUACAGCAGUGCCCUUCAACUAGUCCUCCUGGUCCUGGAUAAAUCUAAUGCCUUAUAAAACAGUCACACACUUCACUUCUUAUAUCAGUGCAGACACCCUGUUUUCUCACUAUGGCUAGAGACAGUGUAGUAAGAUUGAAACACUAAGACUGAUCUCGAGCAUGAGGUAUAAAUAGAGGAGCUUGUGUAUUGUGAGGAUCUCAAACAUUCUUUGCAUGGACGGGGAUCUCGAGGCACAAUCAGCAACUUUUUUCCAAAUUUGUAGAUGUUUGUAUUGUAAUUAUAUAGCCAUUCAUACACAUAAUACAAGUAAAUAUGUUAUCAUGAGUUACACGCAUGCCAUGUCAGGCAUACAGACGCGCAGACAUUCCACUCGUAUAUGUAAAUACCGCAUCGAGCCAGAGUCGCCUCCCUCACCAACAUCCCAACAAGUGAUUUACUCCAAGCUAGAAGAGUGGGCUGCAGAUCCAAGUCUUGUAAUGUCCAGUCUUGUGCUGAGUAGAAGGAUUCCCUCGUUCAUGUCAAGCAGAAUUGUAGCUUUUUAACAAAGAGGUCUCACAUGUGAAUGUUGAACGUGGGGAUUUGCUAUGCAUCGAAACCGUCACAGAUCUAAUCUUUUUUGAUGAUUUAUUUCCCCUCCUCGAGUUAGGCUGUCCACAACAGCCUCUGAGAAAAACUCAAAAUCUUAGCGGGGGACAUUCUCACUGAACACAGAUCCUUUAAACUCUGCAGGAAACGCCAUCCACCCCAAAACAAAAAUUCUGAAUCAUUUAUGGGCUUCGCUCCAUCUUUUUUUUGAACCACAACCAUCCCAUGUUGUCAUGUUGCUUUUAAGACACACUCUCCAACGUCUGUGGUCCCUUUUCUUUGUUGCAGUGAACUCAAGUCACAGAUGUACAAUGUGCUGAGCAGAAGCUCUUAGUGAUGAAGAAAAUCAGCUGUGUUGCUAUUGGCAGAUGAGAUUUGGGUGUGGCUGUCACAACAUGUGUCUCAGGAGGCUGAGCGGCUUCACUGGCAAAUCAAAGUGAGUAAAAUCAGCACAGCAAGAUGUUAUGACAAGAAAAUAUCAAUGCUGUUAUGAGCUCUGACGUAAAGUUUAAAACAUGAAAGCAGGACAAUGAAAUCUUUCAGGUUCAGAGACAGAAUGAAGUGAGACUUGUGCAGAAACUUAGCGUGGCAGCCAGACAGAGUUAAAGAGAGAGCAGGAUGACAGCAGAGAUAACAGUGUCUUUAACUGCAUUUGCCCUGUUAGUGUAAUGUUUGCUAUUGAGUACUCAAGUGGAUGACUUAUUUGAAGGUUGUUAUUCAAGCUCUGAUCCUAUGUGAAACAAGUUCUCUUCAGGACUAAUGAAACAACCACAAGAUGAAAAAUGAGUGCUUGUGUCACAUUCCUUUAAUCCUGAAAUACAUCUAAGGGCUUGGAUGUUUCUUUUACGUUCACUGAAUUUUUUUUAGCCUAGAAAACUUGUGUGACAUGCUCCUUCUGUUGUGAUGAUGAGCGUAUAAAAGCUUUAAUUGUCACUGAAAGUGUACACGUUUUCAGCUUCAUUAAAGGCCCAAUCCAGAUUAGUUCUCCUGAUUCAAAGCACACAUCUUUAUUGACAAACACUCUGAAUUAAAGGCAUACUUCAUAUAUGCUUUAAAAUGUGUAUCCUGAGCUCCUUAUUCAUCAACUCAAACGUGUUAAAUGAAAACGGUUUAAUUACAGCAUCUUUGUAAAUACCGGAGCAAAGCAGGCUUUCAUUUUUGAUCCAAAAGUCGACAUGAGAUUAUUUUUCUUCAGUAAACCCCCUCUUAAUGUUGUACAUGUAAAUAGAUGCAGUCCAUAGAUUCAUUAAUCCUGGAUUGGGACUUUAAGGGUCUGGUUUCUGCAUGCCCUCUCUUUGUACCAUGUGGUUGAAAUGACCUGAUUCUGGUUUGUAAUAACGUUCACUCUGUGCUAACAUCUAAAGAGAAGAUGGGAUGUUGUUUUCUGACAGUCCGAGCCCGUCCUUUAGCCACAGCAUCAACAUGAUUUGCCAUGAAAUUCGGAGCGGCAGCGCGGAAGUGCUUCAGUUUGAACUUCACGUGAUGGUUUCUCAGGAUGAAUGUAUGAGUCUUUACUAAACCUGGCUGUUUAGUGUUAAUGUGGUCAGCCCAGUGAGAUAAUAUUAAAGAACAAGUAUCUAAUAGCAGCUUAACACACCUUUGUCAUGUUAUUUUAGUUUUAUCUGUUGAUCUAAUCACACUGUAUGUAAAUAGUUGCCCAACAAGUGAUGCAACUUGAUUUUUUUACAUCAUUUUUAGGCCUCAGCUCCACCUCCUCUGUACAUUUAACGUCUCUCUUUUUUGUGGUGCUGCUUUGGUGAAGGUGCAUAUAUUGCUCAUUUUGUAUUUUCUUCAAGCUGCUAAUAGAAACUUCUUAAAUCAUGGAAUUGAACAUCUUGAAUUGUACCUUUAUGCUCCCCCUCCUCCCCCUCCCCCCUAUGGGAAAAUUCUGCACGGCUCUGACAGCUGUGCAAAGCAACCGCCACACUCACAAUAAUAUGUUAUUGUACAGAGCACUGUUAAAUUUCCUGUAUUCUCUUGAAAACAAACCCUUGUAUUUUCCCGUUAUAUGUAAAGUACUAAAGAAAAUGCAAUAUA